AUGCCUUCAGCGAGGAGGUCCUCACAAGUUGCAAAAGCACCGGCGGCAGCGUCCACCUCGUCAGCUGCAGCUGCUACAUCGGUACCGACAUCGGCAGAAGCUGGACUGUCGACAUCAGCCAAGCAACAAGACAUGCAAAAAGAGGAAGCCUCUACAGAUGCGCACCUUGAACUUCUCACCGAGCAUUUUGGCUACAAUCCCAAGUCUUUCAUCGAUGCAUUGGUCUAUCUUUCCAACGAGCAUCUGUACAGCAUCGCUACUGAGUUCGAGAAUGUAGUGCUGGAUUUACUCAAACAUGUCGAUGGAGGCGAACUGGAAGCCGAGCAGGGUAUGCAUGCGAUUUUGACGCUGAUGGAGAAUUCGCUGGACCAUACGCUCGACACGUUUGAACUGUACUGCUUCCGAUCGGUCUUUGGCAUCCGUUCACGACAGGCCAAGUACAUGACGCUGGACCAUCAUCGUGGCUUGGACCUUCGCACACGUCAGCCAGGUGCAUCGAGCUCGUCAAAGGGCCAGAACAAGUCGGCGAGAAAGAGUGUAGCUGGUACACCAACAGCUGCAAGCGCGAGUCAGCGUAGUUACCAGCUCGGAGAGACUGAGGAUUCUCUCAAGCGUCAGAUUGCGGCUGCCAGAGCGACACAACACAAACUUGUCCUUGCCAAAAACGCUACCCAAGAGAGUCUGAAUCGCAUGCUUGAUCUUGCCGAGCGAUUCUCAGCCAUCCUGUACGCCGACAGCAACGACGUCUCCGCGUGCGGCAGCCAUGUCAAAUCGACCAUGUCUGUUCUUACCGAAACCCUGGGUCAACAUGCACGCAAACUCAAAGCAGACACCAUACCUCUGCUUAGGGCACUCCAGGAACUUCGAUCCACCGAUCCACUCGGUGAACCAUUGUAUUCAGGUGGUGUUAGGGCUGGAGACAAGGAGGCGGGUGAUGCAGAUGCAGAUGACGACGCGGUAGUGGCGACGGAUGUGCGAGCCUGGGAGGGCGGCCGUGAAAAUUAUCUGAAUUGGGAAGCCGAUCGUAUCAUUACCGAGAGCAAACGCAGUGGCGCGGCGACGGGUGCAGCUGCGAGUGCCAGUGUUGCAAGCGGUGGAGCGUCCAGAGCAAACAAUGAUGCACAAGUGGCGGCACAGGACGCGACGCUGGCGGCCGAUGACGAUUCAAAGACUCCCAAGCGCAAACGUUCGGCGGCUCAGCCGUCAUCGUCCAAACGCAAAACACCAGCAACGGCGACUCGCUCUCGAGGCUGA